UACAAAUAUUUCUAAACAUGAGAAACGAAGCAGAGAUCUUCUGCUUUCCUGAUUCUCGUUGAGUGUGAUUCUGCAACGAGGUUCAUGUUCAAAAUGAGUUUCUUUCGGGAACAAAACCAACAUGUGUGUGUUGAGUGACACGUCAUCUCACGGCGUGUGCAGCACACCUGUCCGAUUCACACACCCUCGGCGUACAAGAACACAACCCCUGGCCUUCUGCGUCGCUUCUCACCGUCUGUCCAUGUUUAGUAGAGUCGGCAUGAUGUUUCUCAUUGUGUUCUCUUUGUUGGCUGUGUGUGUGACCGCAGACCAUAAAGAGAACGGAUCCAUCCUCAGACUGAAGGAUGUUCCUGAGGCCCAAGCCUUCAUCGACUCGGUAGAAGUAGCUGUAAUCGGCUUCUUUGAGACUGAAGCUGCUCAUGGAUAUAAAGAGUUUCUGGCUGCUGUUAAACAGAUGGAGACACUUCCUGCUGCUCUGUGCAGUGAAAAGGAAGUUUGGGCCAAAUAUGGCAUCGCCUCCGACACCAUCUCCAUCUUCAGGAAGAACACCAUCGUAAUCGCUGCAGCAGAUCUUCAGAGAUCUCGCGCCAAAAUACGCCGGCAAGCAGGGAUUGUGAUGAACAGCGUGUGUGUGUGUGUGUGUGUGUGUGUGUGUGUGUGUCAGACUGCAGUGGGUCUGUUCCAGUCUGUGGUGAAGACGCACCUGCUGCUGAUGGCUGAUAGAGGACACACUCACUCGGAGCCGCUGCAGCAGAUCUUCAGAGAUCUCGCGCCAAAAUACGCCGGCAAGAUGUUGUUUGUGCUGGUAAACGGACAAGAGAAGUCGAACGCUCGCGUGCUGGAAUACUUCGGCCUGAAGUCUGGUGAUCUGCCGCGGAUCGGCCUUUACGAUGGUGUCUCGGACAAGAAGUGGCUCCUGGCGCCGGGAGAAAUCACUACUGAGCGCGUGCAGGACUUCUGUGACUCCUUCCUGGAUGGAGAACUGCAGAAGCAGAAAGAGGAGACACCCAAAGACAAGACUGAACUAUAACACCAUCCUCUUCCUCAUUAAAAGUAUUAAACAA